GCCGCUUCAAUGUGCAGGGACGCAGCCAAUCUCUUCCUUAUGACGCCAGCGAGGCUGGGCUCAGAUGUCUAAGGUUUAACAGACCCACCCUGGAUGAACACUUGGAGGAGAGAGAAAAGGCGGCGCUGGGAGGACAAAAUCACGACCUGGAUCGCAACACCUGCCAGGGCGACGCUCACUUCAGCGACGCUCGCAGUUAAAAAAAAAAAAAGAAGUGGGGCAGCAUCCGAGCAUCUCACCGAUAACCUGCUCUUUAAUGGAUUGUUUUCUUUAUUCUUGAUCUUAUAUAUUAAUUUUAGAUAUAAUUGGAAAGCUUUAUUCCAGCGGACUGUGUGAAAUCUACCUCUGUUGAGACUUUCUAUUUGAUCAGAGAGCAGUUAUGCUGCUUUGAUGUCUCACUCCGCGCUGGGAAGCAGGUUAAAGGAAGAGCAUCGAUGCGUUUAACGGGACCCCCUUUGUUACAUCCUCAUGCAUGAAGACUCUUAGACUUCAACUUCACCUCUCAGGACAUGAAGGAUCAUUAUAAAUUAAACGAGACUCUUAAAUAUGAUGGGAUUUUUAAGUGGGAUUGGAAUAGAAGAUCAACAUAGUUUUAUUGCUGCGUUCUCAGAGAAAAUUACUAAAUCCUAAAAUAUCCCUUCAAGAAAACAAGUAUAUAGCCUAUAGAACAAUGAUAUUGUUUCGUAGAUUCAGAGUGUUGAUCCUUAUGGUGUUUUUAGUUGCGUGCACUCUGCACAUCAUGAUAGACUUGCUGCCAAAGCUGGAGAAGAGAGCUGUCGGAGCGCACGGAGAGGAGGGCGGCUGCCAGUGCGCGCAGCACCCGGGCAGGGAGGCGCAGGGCUGGGGAAAGCAGCGAGCCAGGACGGCCGCCGACGCGGGUUGGCCUAACAAGCACACGCUGAGGAUCUUGCAGGAUUUCAGCAGCGAGCCCGGCUCCAACCUCACGUCCCACUCGCUGGAGAAGAGCGCAGCCGGUGCGGACAGAGCCGGAGAGUCCGGCGGAGCGUCAGCGAAGCAGCACAAGCCUCUGAUGAGGGAAGGGACCGGGGGUCGCACCGCCUCUGUAAAUCAGGCAGCCUCCCGGUUAUCGGCUUUGUUUGAGCAUCCCUUAUACAAGGUUGACCUUCCUCCCCUCACGGAUGAUGAUACUUUGUUUAACGUCAACAAUGACAUCAGGUUUUAUCCAAGAGCCACAGGGAACCAGGGAUGGCAUAAUGAGGAGGGGGAUGAGGAUGAGCUUUCUCCAACUGCCGAGGUGACAGCAGAGUCUUACCCCAACUGGUUGCGUUUCCACAUUGGGAUUAACCGAUAUGAGCUCUACCCCAGGCACAGUCUGGUGCUGGACGCCUUGCUGAAGGACCUGGUCAGUCAGAGGAUCACCAGCGUGGCCAUGAAAUCCGGAGGCACCCAGCUGAAGUUGAUCAUGACUUUCCAGAACUAUGGACAAGCGCUGUUCAAGCCCAUGAAGCAGACCAGGGAGCAGGAAACGCCUCCAGAUUUCUUCUACUUCUCCGACUUUGAGAGACACAAUUCUGAAAUUGCUGCUUUUCACCUGGACAGGAUCCUUGACUUUCGCAGAGUGCCUCCGGUGGCAGGGCGACUUGUCAACAUGACAAGUGAGAUCAGAGAUGUGACGCGUGACAAGAAGCUGUGGAGGACUUUUUUCAUCUCACCAGCAAACAAUGUCUGCUUCUACGGUGAAUGCUCCUACUACUGCUCCACUGAGCACGCUCUGUGCGGUAAACCAGACCAGAUCGAAGGCUCCUUAGCAGCCUUUCUACCAGACCUCAAUCUGGCCAAACGCAAGACCUGGAGAAACCCCUGGAGACGCUCCUAUCACAAGCGCAAAAAAGCAGAGUGGGAAGUUGACCCAGAUUAUUGUGACGAAGUGAAGCAGACGCCCCCGUAUGAUCGAGGGACAAGAUUGCUGGACAUCAUGGACAUGACCAUCUUUGAUUUUUUAAUGGGCAACAUGGAUCGUCAUCAUUAUGAAACCUUUGAGAAGUUUGGAAAUGACACUUUUAUCAUUCACCUUGAUAAUGGAAGAGGAUUUGGAAAGCACUCACAUGAUGAGCUGUCCAUCCUCGUACCUCUCAGCCAGUGCUGCAGGGUCAGGAAGUCCACUUACUUGCGUCUCCAGCUGCUGGCCAAAGAGGAGUACCAGCUGAGUUCACUCAUGGAGGAGUCCCUGCUGCGGGACCGCUUGUCCCCUGUACUCAUCCAGCCUCACCUCCUGGCCAUGGACCGGAGGCUCCGACUAGUUCUGCAGGUUCUGGCGGGCUGCAUAGAAAAAGAGGGCUAUGUUAAUGUUGUGGAGGAGGACCUCUCUGGGGACACAGCUACUCACAGGGGCCCGGGCCAUAGGUAGUAAGGGUGAGAGUCGUACAGGGUGACAGCACUGACACGUAGCCCUAAUGGACCACAAGCAGCAUUGCCUGUUUACCUAUUGGGAUUGGACCAGAAAUCCCACCUCUGAAAUCAAGCUGAAUUCAAUGAAUUCCAAGACUGCCGUCAUUGCCUCUAUAGAAACUGCUUUUAGGUGUGUUUGUAUAAAAAAUAAAAUAAAAGAUCAUGCUUAUGUGGAGGCUUUAUAAUUGUCAUAUACAGCCAUAUGUUUUACUUUUUUAUUGUUUUGUUUGAUCUGUUUAAGACAUAAAGGAACAUCUGCUGUGUUUUGGCUUUUGUCCUGGUAUGUUUUAUUUGUUUUUGCAAAUACAUAACCAAAUGCAUCACACUGACUCACUGACUGACUGAAGGGCAUAUAGUCAGACCUUUUAAGCUUUAUCAUUUAUCGUGAUAUUACAGAAGACUUUCUUAUAAACAAAACAAGAUUUAUUGUUUAUAGUGAAUGUUCCAAAGCGUAUCUCAUGCCUGGACGCUAAAGUCUUACACAAAGGAGAGUAUGGGCUUGUCCAAAAAAUGUUUGUAAGCUUUAUUUCCCUUGGCACAAAUUUACAGGAUGACAAGCUAGAUUUAACUACCUACUUCAGAGAUUAGGUAUGUAUUUUACACUGUAGAACAUGAAAAUUCUUUUUUUUACUUUGCCUUAGUUGUCUAUUUUAUUUUGUUUCAAUCUUGCACUACAUGUAUUUAAACAAAGAGCAUAAACAAAAAAGUUAAUACAUAUAUACACCCUCUUGUGCAACCCAUGUCUUUCCAUCUUUAAAAAAUGGUUUGUUUAAUUUGCUAAGAUUUAAUUAAGCCUGUCUGCAGUACUAAGUCAUUUUUUUCCUCUUUAUUCUUUCAUGCAAGAUUUGAUGAUUGAGUUUUUAUUUAUUUUUGAUUUACAUAAAGGAGAAUACCCUGCUGUUACUUAUUCAUUAUACUUUUGUUUUAAAUACUGCAAAUUAGAAUGUUCAUCUUGAAAAUUACAUACAACUUUUCGAGAACUUAUAGGUUGCUGAUGAAGGUUCUCAGUCAUCCAGGUCAUAGUCAUUCCGUAAAAAUUCAAAAAAUAUCCACUGGACUUGGUUUCCAAGAUUUGAAGACAUUUCGCCACC